UUCGGAAGUCCUCUCGUGCUUCCCGCCCUUCUUUUAUUCGAUAUCGGUGGGAAUUCCUCUUUGUCAAAUACCUUUAAUCAUUAUUCUACUCACCGAAUGAUUGAGAUAGUUAGUUAUAUAGCCCGAGAAGUUUGGUUGAUAAGCCAGUCUUCUCUCGACUCUUGUUUUGGUCGUGACAGUUAAGUGAACUCUGACUCUUCAACAAUUUGUCAAUUAUUUUACUUUCCCAAUAAAACAAUGUCAAUCACGAACUAUAUCGUCAUACUUGCUUCUAUCCUUAUUGCGUCUACAGCCGCACAGAGGGGAUUUUAUGCUGGCAGCAGUCCGAAAGGCAUCCCCGGUGUAGCAGCACGAUUUAGACCCGGAGGCAGCUUGUAUAAUCCUCCUCAAGACGUCGGUACCAGCAGUAGAUUUGGAGAUAGUAGAUUUGGCGCUGGUCUUAAUAGAGGAAACCAAGGACCUGUUUCUUUUACGGGAAACCAAGGAGUUGCAAGCAGUUUCGGAGCGGGUAACAGUAUAUCAGGACCUGUAGUUACUGGAAGGUUUUUUAACAUUAUCAUUCAUAACCAAUGGAGAACAUAUGUUUACGACCCAUUCGCAGACGCUUGGUAUCCCAAAAGAUAUUAAUUUCGUGUAUUAAAAUGUAUGAAACGACUGUGAUACAAUGUAUAAUAUAAUAUAAAAGAUUUAUAUAGUAAUAGACAAUAUUUAUCAAUAUAAUUAUCAAGAAUUGUAAAGGCAGAUAAGUAUAUACUUAUUCUGUUCAGGAAUUGACAAAACAGAACGGUCAAAAAAGGAUGUAUGCUUAUGACUCAAAAUUUAUACUUUAUAUCCACGCUAAUUCUAAAUUAAUACAUGGAUUGUAGUACAGUAGACUCGCGAUUAUCCGAGUCUGGGUUAUCCGAGCCCCUCGGUUAACCGAGGCAAAAGUCAUAACUGGUGAGUUACAACUUUCAACUUUGGCGCAACAUCGUUGCCUGAAAACAAGAGGAAUGAAGCUUACGCAAAAAUCAAUCAAAGAAUUUUAUCUUUUAUAUAAAAUAUCCAUAUUUAUGGUUAUUUACGUGUUUUCUAUCAAUAUAACCAAUCUCAGUGUUAACCGAGUUUUUCCGUAUCCGAGGUAGUCACGGUCCCAGUUACCUCGGAUAAUCGCGAGUCUACUGUACAUGGAAAUUGAACUUAUUAAAAUAUCUAGGUAUUAGUAA